GGAGCUUUGCAGGACAUCUCCCUACGGUACGAUCUGACAGGCCAGGAGGAUGGCAGCGCCCCUGAUGAGGCGGUGGAGUCAAUCGGUCUGACAGGCCAGGAGGAUGGCAGCGCCCCUGAUGAGGCGGUGGAGUCAAUCGGUCUGACAGGCCAGGAGGAUGGCAGCGCCCCUGAUGAGGCGGUGGAGUCAAUCGGUCUGACAGGCCAGGAGGAUGGCAGCGCCCCUGAUGAGGCGGUGGAGUCAAUCGAUCUGACAGGCCAGGAGGAUGGCAGCGCCCCUGAUGAGGCGGUGGAGUCAAUCGAUCUGACAGGCCAGGAGGAUGGCAGCGCCCCUGAUGAGGCGGUGGAGUCAAUCGAUCUGACAGGCCAGGAGGAUGGCAGCGCCCCUGAUGAGGCGGUGGAGUCAAUCGUUGGAUAG